AUGCUCCGUUUUCAGGUUCUUCUGGUGGUUUUAUGCUCCUCUGAGCUGUUGGUGAAGGCUGAUGGUGCUCCACAAGGAGAGCAGCUGACAGAACUACUACAAGAAGAUCUCAGUGAGGUUCCGACCCAUCUGCUCCUACUGAGGCUUGUGUCUCAGCUGACGGCAUCUGGAGGAACGGUGAUGCUCCGCCAGCUGGAGGACGAGGAGCUAGGACAGGAGAGGCUGCUGAGGAGGCAGAUUCGCUUCAGCCACAGGGAGCGAAAGGCGGGCUGCCGCAACUUCUUUUGGAAAACCUUCACCUCCUGUUAG